AUGAGGCUUACAUAGGUCAAUUUCAUUACUUCAACAUGCUCCCAUAAUUUGCCACCGAAGACCAUUGGCUAGAAACAAGGGUCCAAGAGCCCAUAGUAAUGAGAACCAAAAGAGACCAUCCACAACUUUUGACCAAAACUGUGGCGCCCACCGGCCCAGUUUUGGGUCCGACUCCCCGCACCGCCUUAAAAGCCCCACCCCUCCACCCAAUUGCGACCGCGCACCACCAAAAAAAUAAAAACUCCUUUUUCUUCGUUCUCUCGCUCUCUCUGAAAUCUUCGAGAAAUCGUCGAUCAAAGAUGUCGGCCUACUGCGGGAAGUAUAGCGAUGAACUCAUCAAGAAUGCUGCUUACAUCGGCACCCCAGGCAAGGGAAUCCUCGCAGCUGAUGAGUCCACUGGCACAAUUGGCAAGCGCCUAUCCAGCAUCAAUGUUGAGAAUGUCGAGGAGAACCGCCGUGCCCUCCGAGAGCUCCUCUUCUGCGCCCCUGGUGCUCUCCAAUACCUCAGUGGUGUUAUCCUCUUUGAAGAGACCCUUUACCAGAAGACUAAAGAUGGAAAGCCAUUCGUUGAAGUCCUGAAUGAGGGUGGAGUCCUUCCUGGUAUCAAGGUGGACAAGGGCACCAUCGAACUCGCCGGCACUAAUGGUGAAACUACCACUCAGGGCCAUGAUGACCUUGCCAAGCGCUGCAAGAAAUACUAUGAGGCAGGUGCGCGCUUCGCCAAGUGGCGUGCUGUCCUCAAGAUUGGUCCGACGGAGCCGUCUCAGCUGGCGAUCGAUUUAAAUGCUCAGGGAUUGGCCCGGUAUGCUAUCAUCUGCCAGGAGAAUGGCCUGGUCCCCAUUGUAGAGCCUGAGAUCCUUGUCGAUGGGCCACACUGCAUCAAGAAGUGUGCUGAUGUGACAGAGAGGGUGCUUGCUGCUUGCUACAAGGCACUCAACGACCACCAUGUUCUUUUGGAAGGGACUCUCCUCAAGCCAAACAUGGUAACCCCAGGGUCAGAAUCAGCAAAGGUGGCACCAGAGGUGGUGGCUGAGUACACCGUACGGGCUCUCCAGAGGACGGUCCCAGCUGCGGUGCCCGCCAUUGUCUUCCUCUCUGGGGGGCAGAGUGAGGAGGAGGCAACCUUGAACCUAAAUGCUAUGAACAAGCUGGAGGGUAAGAAGCCCUGGUCGCUUUCAUUCUCCUUCGGCCGUGCACUGCAGCAAAGCACGCUAAAGUCUUGGGCUGGCAAGGAGGAGAAUGUUGAGAAGGCAAGGGCUGCUUUUCUGGCAAGGUGCAAGGCAAACUCGGAGGCAACACUUGGGACAUACAAGGGAGAUGCAGCUGGUGGAGAAGGUGUCUCUGAGAGCCUCCAUGUGAAGGACUACAAGUACUGAUCUUGCUUUGCUCAACCACCCCAUCUUUUUUGGUUAAUGAGUGCUAAGAAACAAGAGGGAGAUGAGAAUGUUUGGAUUUUCCAGGGAUUUGGAUACCCUCUUUAGAAGAUGUUUUUAAUAAUUUGGGAGGGCAUCUGCUGCCUUCAGAGUACUUGGGUGUUUGUGAUACCUCAGUGGCCAUCAUUUCUUUUUGGCUUUGUUAAUUUGUUUUGUUGCUCGAUUGAUUUCUUUUGAUGGAAUUCGACUUUCAAUGAUUGCUUGAUGGA